CAAACAGCAGCUUUCCUCUCUUUCUCGGCUACUGAUAGAAGUACUACGUGCAGUAUGCCUAUGUCUUCGUUGGUAGCGGGGAUCCAUCGUAGCCUAUCCGAAACGCUCUGUGUGUUGUGACCACGCAGCUACCGGUGUCCACCGUCGUGUUACUUUCCCCCGGCCCCGGAGCUCCGGCCUCCGGUCGAACACGGUUGACCCACACUAAAACAGCCACAAUGCUGCUGAGCGGUCGUUCUGCACGUCGACAAGCUUCGGAACGGCUUCUGGAGCUUGUCUUCUGCGCUAUGCUACUGGUGCUCAUUACGUCGCUUACUAGCCAUGUGGCUUGCCUUGGCCCUGAAGCAGACCUUCUGAAUGAGAGGAGGGAUCGUGGAGAAGUGACAGCGAGGAGUAGAAAUUUUGACCUCGAUAGCUUUACCAAUGUGGCAGGUAUGAAUGGAAGAAUGAAUGAUCGGAUGGAAAUGGCGGAGGGCGUUCAGAGCGACGAGAGACACGUGUUCAAUAUCACCGACUAUGGUGCUGUGGGAGAUGGUGUGACAAACUGCACACAAGCAUUCCAGGCGGCCAUCCGAGCAGCUUCCAAGGCCGUCAAUCACUCAACAGUCUACGUACCUGCUGGGAAGUUUCUCACUUCACCACUACGACUGGACGACUGCAAGAAUACCUGGCUGGUGAUUGAGGGCACGGUACUUGCACCAAGUGAGACGGCUGAUUGGCAUGGCAAGAACCACUUGAUCAAGUUCACGGAGCCCACGAACUGCAGUGUGCUUGGUGUGAGCGGGACGGCAUCCAUCGACGGGGUCGGUGCUGUCUGGUGGGCCAGUGAGGCUGCAGGGAAUAGCUCCCGACCGGAUCUACUGAUAUUCAAAGGAGGUAUGCAUGGUUACCCACAGCCCAGCGUAUUCAACAUCAGCUUGGUGAAUGCACCCGGUGCACACAUCAAAAUACAGGACACCGUUAUGUACGCAGCUCCGUUAGCAAUGACUGGCACGCUGCAGUGGACAGCUGCAACAACAGAGAACAUAAAGUCGGUUACAUCAAUGAUGCCUUUUGAAUCUCACGUGGUGAUGCACAAGAUUACGGCACAAGCCAACCCGACCCGUUUGUCUGUGGGUCUCCGGCCAUGGACAAACGUAGUCAAAGAGCUCUCGUCUCAGGCCGUGACUCACGGAAGUGGUGGUGGUGGUGGUGGUGGUGGUGGUGGCGGUGGUGGUGGCGGCGGCGGCGGCGGCGGCGGCGGCGGUGGUGGCGGCAGCGGUUGUGGUGGCGGCGGCGGCGGCGGCGGCGGCGGCGGCGGCGGCGGUGGUGGUGGUGGUGGUGGUGCUGGUGGUGGUGCUGUGUGCACUGUGUCGGAAGCGAAUAUUGCGUGA